AUGAAUAAACAAGUAGAUAAUAUAAGUAUUAGUAGUAACAUUAGUAAUAAUAGUAAUAUUAGUAGUAAUGAUAUUAUAUCAAUAGAAUCAUUAGUAAAGAAAUAUAAUAAUGAAUGUUCAAUUGAUAAGAUUCAUUUAGCUUAUCAGGUCUAUGUAGAUCUCAAGAUUGUAAAGAAAUGGUUUGAUUUGAAUUUUCAAGUUUUUCAUCUACCCUUUGACCAAAAUAAAGAUAUAAACAAUAGUAAUAGUAAUAGUAAAAAAGAUAAUAUAUUAAUUUUAAAAGGAACAGAUUUAGAAAAUAAAAAAGAUAAACAUAUUAUAUUACCAUUUUUAAUAACAGAGAAUUGGAGCUUUGAAAAAUUUGACUCAAUAGUACAAUCUUUUCAUAAACCAAAAGACACUCGCAGUGGUGAUGGUGGGGAUAAAAGCUCCCAAUUGCACACAUCGAUCAGUAACAAUAGUUUUUCGUGCUCCUAUUUGCCUCUUUCUUUUGUGACGGCCUUGAUGACUACAGGAGCUGCACUAGUUCCGUUCACAAACUCGCUUACCAAUAAUAUCAAUCAAGAAAAAGAAGCCCGCAAAGGGCCAGCUCCACACAAACCAAAAUCAAUAGCCACCACUGAAUACCACCACCAAGACACCAUCACUAGUACUGUUGUUGUCGACAACAACAACUCAACGACCAGUGCAGCUGGUACACUGAUACCACCCCCUGCUGCUGCUGGAAUGCAAGACAAAGGUUUAACCUUUUCAUUUUCAAACACUACAAACUCUGACUUUUCUUCGUUCAACCCGUCGACAACAACGACAACGACGACAAAAAACAUAAUUAUGAUGUGCAUAUUGGAUCAAGACUCGUCUUUAUCUUACUAUAAAAUAUCAGAUUGCUUCUAA